AUGCUAAUGCGUGAAUGGUAUAUUUAUAGUCGACCAUGGUCAGUAGCUGGUCCAGAUUGUAUGCGUUCAUCACGUAUGACUUGUACUGAUAUUGAUGAUUCUUUUCGUAAAAUCGAAAUAGAUUCUAAACAACAAAAAUCAUUAACAAUACCUGAUGGAUGGACAACACGAGAUAUAACAAGUGCUUAUCAAUAUGGAUCUAGUUUUGAAAAAAUCAAAACAUUACAUGUUGUAUUAACAGGUAUUGAAACAACAUUUCUUCCUGCACGUAUUCAAAAAUUUAUUUAUUCAAAUAAAAUAAAAACAAAAAUGAAUCAAUCAACAAAUAUUGAAGUACGUGGAAAUUAUCAUGAUAAUACAUGUGGUACAAGUCAAGAAGAAAUAUAUAAUCUUGAUUUAUGGAUAUUUCCAAUGGAUAAUAAAAUAGAAGAACCAGUAUUUACAUUUGAAUGUAUUGUUAUUCAAUAA